CUGCACCGGCGCUAUAAAGUCCUCCCGGUGCUGUGGAUGGAAGCGCGGCGCUGAUCCAGAACCACAACCAGGCAGGAGACAAAGGGAGAGAAAAUAAAAAAUAAAAUAAAAAUACAAACUGAGCUAAACCAAAAACAUGGUGAAGAUCACCUUCCAGUCAGUUUCGGCGCAGAAGCCCGAGAAAGACCAGGAUGUCGACAAGAUCACUCUACCCCAGGCUCACGGGCGGCUGGUUCCUCCCAUGAAGCCCAGAAAACCCUUUCCAGUGGGCCUGUGCUGCCUCGCCAUUGGCCUCGUCAUCUUCACCCUGGGAUUGGUGCUGCCUUCCAUUUACAUCUAUCGCUUCUACUUUAUGUCCCAGCAGAUCCCAGAGGACAGCUUAUUCCACUGCCGGGUCAUCUACGAGGACUCUGUCUACGCUCCCCUGAGAGGACGCCAAGAACUGGAGGAGAACGUGGGCAUCUACCUUGAGGAGAACUAUGAGCAGAUCAGUGUUCCCGUGCCUCAUUUUGGGGGCAGUGACCCAGCAGACAUCGUCCAUGACUUCCAGAGGGGCCUCACAGCCUAUUACGACAUUGCCUUGGACAAAUGCUACAUCACUGAGUUGAACACGACUGCUGUGAUGCCUCCUCGCAGUCUGUGGGAGCUGCUCGUUAAUGUCAAGAGGGGGACGUACCUUCCCCAGACGUACAUCGUCCAAGAGGAGAUGGUUGUGACCGGCAGGUUGAGGAACAUGAGGCAGCUGGGCCCUUUCAUCCACAGACUCUGCUUUGGCAAAGAGACGUACCGCCUCAGACGUCGCAACCAGCGCCAACGUAUCGAGAGGCGCGAGGCAAAGAAGUGCCACAGAAUCCGUCACUUUGAGAACACGUUUGUGGUCGAGACCAUCAUCUGCGACCGAUUCUAAAAUCUGAGGCGGAAAUCACAGCCAUCCGACACUGAAGCCAAUUUCAAACCAUACCUCUUGAAUUCCUUAUACGUUAUGCUGCACUUUAAGAGCAAAAUGUUGUCCUUUUGUUUCGGUUUUAAGAGUUUUUUUUGUUUGUCUCAUCUUUGCUCUUUUUGUUGUUAAUGUCUUACUUUUUAAUUUGGAUUGUACGUGUGAUGUGCUUGGAUUUAUCUGUGGCUUGUCCUGAAGAGCAGGAGAUAUUAAUCUCAGUCAAAUCAGUCAGUCUGUGACAGUUACAUCAGAAAACCAGACUCGCUCUUAUUUUGUUUGUAUUCGUUUGUUGGUCAUUUAAAAAAAAAAAAAUCAUUUAAAGGG